AUGAAGCUGUUGCGAUCGCUUCUACGUUUAAAAGGGUGCAACAUAAGGCUUGGGCGAAAAAAGGAUUUCGAUCUCCGCCCACUUGCAAACAAUUAUGUAUUUCAAGGGCGUACUCUCCUCUACGUUGUUAACAAGAACUUCGAUACCUCUUGGCUCUGUGUCGAGUUGGAUCUAGUUGAAGACUUCGAUCAGAUUUUGGACAAACAUGAUACUGAUAUGGCUCUGGAAAUAGAAUUAUUUAGCCUCCUAGACUUCCACAUUGAUCUCAGAGUAUCAUUUGACCUGGAAACUGUUCUGGGGGAAAAUAUUAUGGGUUUAGACUAUAAUAACAGGAAUGCUAAUGUGUAUUCGAAGGUUUUUAACAGCGUGGAGUACAAUGGGGUCUCCGGCGAGCGCUUUUGUGGAAUACCUCCAUGGCACAAGAGUCUGAAGGGCGAC